UGUUCGAUAGCGUCCUCGAUGCGGUACCUGGAAGUUAACAGCUGUGGUCUAGAGCAGCGUGCUAAAUUCUCCUGGCCUAUCUUUGAUUCUAGUAUCUCGAAAUGGGAGAUAACACGCCAAUCGACAUCAUCCAUUCGCGAGAUUAUGAUGAGACUCCAAAUCUAGAUCCUUCGUCGCAAGUACAGGAGCAGCACCAACAGGGUUCGGCCCCCAAAGAUGCGGAGACCAAAUAUGAACAAAAUAUCGUUCCAGAUGGUGGCUAUGGCUGGGUUUGUGUUGCCUGCGUCUUCUGGAUCAAUGCGCACACGUGGGGAAUCAACAGUAGCUACGGCGUCUUUCUCUCCUACUAUCUCUCGCAUAAUGUCUUUGCCAACGGUUCUGCCCUGGCCUACGCCUUCACUGGCGGUUUGAGCAUCUCCUGCGCCCUCCUAGUAGCUCCUCUAGCCACAUACCUCAUCCACAUCUGCGGAACCCGCCUGGUUCUAAACCUCGGGGUCUUCUUCGAAACUCUCUCCCUAAUCGGCUCAUCUUUCGCUACCGAACUAUGGCACAUCUUUCUUAGCCAAGGUGUCUGCUUCGGCUGGGGGAUGGGCUUCCUCUUUGUUGGAAGCGUAGGCAUAACCCCUCAAUGGUUCCACCGCCGUCGCAGCCUAGCAAUGGGCAUCAAUGCAGCCGGCUCUGGCAUAGGGGGACUAAUCUACUCCCUAGCCGUUGGCGCCAUGAUUCCCCGACUCGGCCUAAGCUGGGCUUUCCGAAUCCUAGGGAUUAUCGCCUGCGUCGUCAACCUAGUAUGCGCCAAUCUUCUCAAGGACCGAAAUAAAGACAUCGGAAGCCGCCACCAUGCCUUUUCCCUCCCCUUACUCAAGCGUCCCGAAUUCCUCCUCUUCUUAGGAUGGGGUAUCCUUAGCAUGCUAGGUUACGUCGCCGUGCUUUUCAGCGUCGCCAACUUCGCCCUCUCUGUCGGUCUCUCCUCCCAUCAAGGCAGUGUCGUCAGCGCCCUGCUUAACCUCGGCCAGGGAGUCGGCCGACCCAUCGUGGGCAUGUUCAGCGAUAAAUUAGGCCGGAUUAAUAUUGCCACAUUCCUCACAUUCCUGUGUGGCUUGUUCUGCCUGGUGAUUUGGAUCUUUGCUCGCAGCAUGGGCGUGGUCUGCUUCUUCGCAGUUCUCGUCGGCACUGUUGCAGGAACCUACUGGGCGACCGUCACCCCUGUGCUGGCGGAGAUCAUCGGUCUGCGGGAUUUACCAAGUGGAUUGAGCAUUACAUGGCUGGUUUUGGUACCUCCUACAACCGUGUCGGAGGCUAUUGCGCUUGUGCUGAGGGAUAAUAGAUCCACGGACUCGGUGUAUUUGAGAGUGCAGAUCUUCACGGGGUUCAUGUACAUUGGUGGCGCGGCGUGUUUGUGGCUUGUGCGAGGAUGGAAGAUAGGGGAGCUUGUGCAAUCUGAGAAGAAGGAAGGAGCGUCUCCUGGUGUGAUAGUUCCGAGUAGUAUAGAGAAGAAAGAUGAGGAAGAACCUGCACAGAAGGGGGAGGAAUAUGAUCCUUCGCCUGGGAUACCCACAUCAGGUGUGAAGGAAACUCAACUCCGGUCGCCGAUCCAUUUGCUGCGUCGGAUGGUGGCCUUGAGGAGAGUCUGAUUUAUCUAGAUAAGCAAGAACAGAACAGUAGAGACUAGACUAGAUAGUAUAAGAUGACUGUCUAGAUUGCCAUUCUAGACCAGAUAUGUAUUGGUCAAGCACAGAAGUACAUAAA